AUGAACUUUCUACUUCCAUAUUCAUUCCUCUUUGAAAUCGGCUUGACUGCUUUCCUUUCUCACCUUCAUUUUCAUAUUCUACAAGAUUUAAUCCUCCAUUAUGUGAUUCUCUUUCGAAUUCGUCUUCCAACAUGGGGUGUUCAUGAAUGGUAUUGGUUUCUAAGGACAGGCUUCUUCCCAAGCGCUUUAGGAUAUUUAAAUGGUUUAUGUGUUCAAUUACAAGUGAUCGGUACUCUUCUGAUUGCAAUCAAUCGAGCCACAUCACUUGCUUUUCCUCAUCAUUAUGAUAAAGACUUGCUAAUGCACUACAGUCUCCUUUUCCGAAUUCGUCUCCCAACCUGGGGUGUCUAUGAAUUCUUUUGGAAUGUUCAAGAGGGCGUAAUCCCUGCAAUUCUUGCUGUCGGUUACAUGUUUUCGGUUCUUUUUCAAGAACUUGGCACUCUUCUCAUUGCAAUUAAUCGAGCAACUUCUUUAACCUUCCCGCAGCACUACGAAUGGGUUAGUUUCCGUCUAGCGUUCUUGUUGUUGAUUUCCGAAGAGACGCGCAUGAUUGUGACGGGAAAAUUGAAAGGAAGAGAUGGAGUGCACACGAAGACGGCUGUGUCGACGAUUUCCAUGCAAAACUCUCCCCGUUUACUCCAAUCAUCAAUGCUUAUGGCAAAUGCGAAAUCAACCAAUCCGGGGUUAAAUCACAGUAAGACAACCUCGAAUAUGUAUGGGAAUGCA